AUGAGGCGAGACGUUCAGGAGCGGUGUCGCACCUGUGAAGUGUAUUGUGCCAGAAAUGGGCCUGUGAAGAAGAACCGUGCACCCCUCCAGCUGUACCAGGUCGGCGCACCCCUGGAGAGGGUGGCUGUGGACAUUGUCGGGCCGUUCCCUGUCACUACACAGGGAAACAGAUUUAUUUGUGUGGUAAUGGACUACUUUACUAAGUGGCCUGAAGCAUAUGUACUCCCUGAUCACGAGGCAGAGACAGUGGCAGAAGCUUUGGUGAGUAACUUCAUUACACGCUUCGGAGUGCCUUGCGAACUACACUCUGACCAGGGGCGGGAGUUUGAGUCCGUGGUAUUCCAAGAGUGCUGUCGACUGCUGGGGAUCAAGAAGACCCGCACCACCGCCUUGAGGCCUCAGUCUGACGGCUUGGGAGCUGCGACUUCCAGUAGAUCUAGCAACCGGACGCCCUCCUCAGGAAGUUACGACCCAAUAUCCAAUUAUGCCCAGAUGUUGCAGGAAAGGCUGAGCACUGCCCACAGAUUAGUGCAUAACAGCAUGAGGACGGCUGGCAACAACAUGAAGACACGCUACGACUGGCAUUCAAGGGAAGUCAAUUAUAACGUUGGUGACCACGUGUGGUUACACAACCCUCUUCGCAAGAGGGAACUUUCUCCUAAACUCCAGAGUCCCUGGGAAGGGCCCUAUGAGAUACUGCAGGUCAUGUCUGACGUGACCUACAAAAUCUGUCGUGGGCCUCAGAAACAAUCACGCGUGGUUCAUGCAGACCGUCUGUGGAGAUACUAUGGCCCAGGAUUAUUCUCGUGGGGAGGAAGAGAAAGCAAGGACCGAGAACUGGAAGUGAACGAGGAAGAGUAG